AUGAAUGAACCUUUAAGAGGCUUCACCAACGUCAUGAGCGACAGCACCAAAGUAGUCACUGAGAUCGUCUGCGAACACGGUGCAGUGCACCUCUGCCUCUACCUCAUCACCCAGAAAAUCCGUGACGAGAAGGACAAUAUGGUUGUAGGGUUUGACAGGGAAUGUUCUCUGGUAGACACGGAAGAUGGCCGAGUCGAACCUCGGGUGGUCCUUAUCAAACUCUUCUCCUGCGUCGGGUGUGUCCUUACAAGAUUGAACCAUAAGUCAGGCCAUGUGUGCCCUUCGCUGCUCAACUUCUUCAUGAUGAAGGACAUUGUUUUUGUUGGAGUUCAUGUCAACGAGGACGUGAGGAUGUUGAAGGAGAAUUAUGGGGUUGUGGUUAGGAAUGUGGUGGAGCUGAGUGAAUUGGCGGCAUAUGGGCUUCAAAAGCCGCGGCUUUUUGCUUAUGGAGCAAGGGAUUUGGCAAGAGAUGUUUUGAAGCUGGGGCUUGAGCAGAGGCCUCAGAAGGUGGCUUGGAUGAGCUGGACUGAGGAGUUUCUGACAGCGGAGCAGAUCGAGUGUGUAACAAUUGAGGCUUAUGUUGCUUAUAAAACUGGGAAGAAGUUACUGAGCAGCUAG